AUGGAAAGGAAGAAAAAGCGAUUAAAAGAGGCAAGAGUAUCUGUGAAUAUACGGACAAUAUCCAGGACGGAGUCGGUCACGUUCCCGCACCGUGGAGGCGUCGGGGACGUCUCCAGAAAUAUCAUUGAGAAAAGAGAGCGACCGGAGUCGCCAAACACCUUGGAAGUCGUAUGUAGGGAGCUGACGGAGGAGCAUUCGGGGAUGCUGCAGGGGUAUGCAACCCUUAGAUCCCAACUAUCGGAAAGGGACAAGAAGAAUGGAAGGAAAUUUGGCUUCAUUCCAUCAUUGCCGGACAAACAAUCGCCUAUGUGCCUUUUAUGCAACAAAGUUUUGGGCAAUGACGCUAUGAAACCAUCUAAACUUCAAGAUCAUCUGAGAAGAUGCCACCCUGAUAAAACAGAUUUGAAAUACUUUCAAACACUCAAAGAUACAUUUCAGAAGAGACCUACACUGGACAGAAUGUUCGCUACGACGUCACAAAGAAAUGAUGAUGGUUUGCGGGUGUCUUACAAUAUCUCGUUACUUAUAGCAAAAUCCGGAAAACCGCAUACUAUCGGAGAGAAGUUAAUUUUGCCAGCCGUUGAAGAGGUUUUAAAAACUGUUUUACACAAACCUGCAUCUGAUAUCAUUAAAAGAAUUCCCUUAAGCAACAAUACUGUUGAAAGACGUAUUGAUGUAAUGAGUUCUGAUAUUGAAAGCUUCUUAUGUAAUUAUUUGCGAACGACCCAUUUCUCUAUACAACCGGACGAGUCAAAUUUACCUGAUAAUGCAGCAUUAUUAUUGGCAUAUGUUCGUUUUAUUAUGAAUCAAGAAAUCUACGAAGAACUGCUAUUCGCAAGAACUUUGAUAACCGACACUAAAGGUGAAUUAAUAUUUCAUGUUUUGAAGGAUUACUUCAUUGAAAAAGCAAUUCCUUUAUCAAAUAUAAUAUCAGUAGCUACAGAUGGAGCACCUGCCAUGGUUGGACGUUAUCGUGGAUUUAUAAGCUAUUUAAAACAAAAUGUGUCAGGGGUGUUAGCAAUACAUUGCGUCAUCCAUCGACAACACUUAGUUGCUAAAAAUUUAGAUUGCAUUAAUCACUUCACUUAG